AGCGGGGGCAGCCCGAGCAACUGGAGCAUCUCCGCAGCCGCAGCGCGCAAGCUGCUGCCUCCCCUCCGGCCGGGCACCGAGCUGGGCGCCGCCGAGGCAGCGAGCCGAGCCCAAGGCGGAGCGGGCAGGAGAAGGUCUCAGAGAUGGGCUCCACAUAACACGUCAGUUCUGAAGAAUCAAGGACUGUAGGAUCAGUAGUGUACAAUGGAGAAGACUGCAGGAGAAAUACCAGUCUUGAGGCUACCAUCUUGUGGCUUAUUGUACUGCAGACAUGCACUCCCAACCCAGAGUGUGCUGCCUUAGGAGAGGAAAUACUUGUCAGACAUUACUAGAUCCAUUUAUUUUCUUACAUCUUUUUUACUUUUGCAUCCUGUAAUCCGCUUGUGAAAAGAGGAAUGAUGACUUUUUAUAGUUGCUGUUUGAUUCUCUUGGCGUUUACCUGGAACACCUCUGCCUACGGACCAAACCAAAGGGCGCAGAAAAAGGGAGACAUUAUUCUUGGGGGACUGUUCCCCAUUCAUUUUGGAGUGGCUGCCAAAGACCAGGAUUUAAAAUCUAGGCCAGAAUCAGUGGAGUGUAUAAGGUAUAAUUUCCGAGGUUUCCGGUGGUUGCAGGCUAUGAUCUUUGCCAUAGAGGAAAUAAACAGUAGCCCGACUCUCCUUCCCAACAUGACCUUGGGAUACAGGAUAUUUGAUACCUGCAACACUGUCUCCAAAGCCCUGGAGGCCACACUGAGUUUUGUGGCCCAGAACAAGAUAGACUCCCUGAAUCUGGAUGAGUUCUGCAACUGCUCAGACCACAUCCCUUCUACCAUUGCAGUAGUGGGGGCAACCGGCUCUGGGAUCUCCACCGCAGUGGCCAAUCUGCUGGGACUCUUUUACAUACCUCAGGUCAGUUAUGCCUCAUCCAGCCGACUUUUGAGCAACAAAAACCAAUUCAAGUCUUUCCUCCGCACAAUCCCCAAUGAUGAGCACCAGGCCACUGCCAUGGCAGAUAUCAUUGAGUACUUCCGGUGGAACUGGGUGGGAACAAUUGCAGCUGAUGAUGACUAUGGUCGGCCAGGGAUUGAGAAGUUCCGGGAGGAGGCAGAGGAAAGGGACAUCUGCAUUGAUUUCAGUGAGCUCAUAUCGCAGUACUCAGUGGAGGAGGAGAUCCAGCAAGUGGUGGAGGUCAUCCAGAACUCCACUGCUAAAGUGAUUGUUGUCUUCUCCAGUGGACCGGACCUGGAACCCCUCAUCAAGGAGAUAGUCAGGCGUAACAUAACUGGCAAGAUCUGGCUGGCAAGUGAGGCUUGGGCCAGCUCUUCCCUGAUAGCUAUGCCAGAGUUCUUCCAUGUCAUUGGAGGUACCAUUGGGUUUGCACUGAAGGCAGGGCAGAUCCCGGGCUUUCGUGAGUUUCUACAGAAAGUGCAUCCCAAGAAAUCUACCAACAAUGGCUUUGCCAAGGAGUUUUGGGAGGAGACCUUUAACUGCUACCUCCCAGAAGGGUCCAAGAAUCACCCAGCUUCAGCCUCUUUCCACAAGGGCCACGAAGAAGGAAGUGGAGUUGGAAAUAGCACAGCUGCCUUCCGACCCCCAUGCACAGGGGAGGAGAACAUCACCAAUGUAGAGACGCCAUACAUGGACUUUACACACCUGAGGAUAUCUUAUAAUGUGUACUUGGCAGUGUACUCCAUUGCUCAUGCUUUGCAGGAUAUAUACACAUGUACCCCUGGAAAAGGCCUCUUCACCAAUGGAUCAUGUGCAGACAUUAAGAAGGUUGAGGCAUGGCAGGUACUGAAGCAUCUGCGUCAUUUAAAUUUCACCAGUAACAUGGGGGAGCAAGUGGAUUUUGACGAGUCUGGGGACCUGAUAGGGAAUUACUCGAUAAUCAAUUGGCACCUGUCACCAGAAGAUGGCUCUAUCAUGUUUGAGGAGGUCGGACACUACAAUGUUUAUGCCAAGAAGGGAGAGAGGCUCUUUAUCAAUGAAAACAAAAUCCUGUGGAGUGGAUUCUCCAGGGAGGUGCCAGUCUCUAACUGCAGCACGGAUUGCCUCCCAGGUACCAGAAAAGGUAUCAUUGAGGGAGAGCCCACCUGUUGCUUUCAAUGCGUGAACUGCUCUGACGGGGAAUACAGUGAUGAAACAGAUGCGAGUGCUUGUAAGAAGUGCACUGAAGAUUUCUGGUCCAACGAAAACCACACAUCCUGCAUCCCCAAGCAGAUAGAGUUCCUGUCCUGGACAGAGCCCUUUGGAAUAGCUCUUACUCUCUUUGCUGUGCUGGGAAUUUUCCUGACCUCUUUUGUUCUGGGAGUCUUCACCAAAUUCCGCAAUACACCCAUUGUCAAGGCCACAAACCGGGAGUUGUCCUACCUCCUCCUGUUCUCCCUGCUCUGCUGUUUCUCCAGCUCACUAUUCUUCAUUGGCCAGCCUCAGGAUUGGACUUGCCGUUUGCGGCAGCCAGCCUUUGGUAUCAGCUUUGUCAUCUGCAUCUCCUGCAUCCUGGUAAAGACCAAUCGCGUCCUGCUGGUUUUUGAAGCCAAGAUCCCUACAAGCCUCCAUCGCAAAUGGUGGGGCCUCAACCUGCAGUUCCUUCUGGUCUUCUUGUGUACUUUUGUGCAAAUCAUCAUCUGUGUGAUCUGGCUCUACACAGCUCCCCCUUCCAGCUACCGGAAUCAUGAGUUGGAGGAUGAGAUCAUCUUCCUCACCUGCCAUGAGGGCUCCCUGAUGGCUCUGGGCUUCCUGAUUGGUUACACCUGCCUCCUGGCUGCCAUCUGCUUCUUCUUCGCUUUCAAAUCUCGGAAGCUGCCAGAGAACUUCAACGAGGCCAAGUUCAUCACCUUCAGCAUGCUGAUCUUCUUCAUUGUUUGGAUCUCCUUCAUACCUGCCUAUGCCAGUACCUAUGGCAAGUUUGUCUCAGCUGUGGAGGUGAUUGCCAUCCUGGCUGCCAGCUUUGGGCAGUUGGCUUGCAUCUUCUUCAACAAAGUCUACAUCAUCCUCUUUAAGCCUUCCCGCAACACCAUUGAGGAAGUGCGCUGCAGUACAGCUGCACAUGCCUUCAAAGUAGCAGCCAGAGCCACACUGAGACGUAGCAACGUGUCACGCAAGAGGUCUAACAGUUUAGGUGGUUCCACGGGCUCUACCCCAUCAUCCUCCACGAGUAGCAAGAGCAACCAUGAAGACCCCUGUCCUCUGCCUACCUCCACGGAGCGGCAGCAGCAGAAGCGUGGAUGCAAGCAAAAAGUCAGCUUUGGCAGUGGGACUGUCACCCUGUCAUUGAGCUUUGAGGAGCCCCAGAAGAACUCUGUGGCCAACAAGAAUGCCAAACACAGGAACUCCCUAGAUGUCCAAAACAGUGAUGACAGCCUGAUGAGGCACAAGGCCCUGCUUCCCCUACAGAACAGCGAACCGCUAGGUGUAGAGCCUGGUUUCCAGGCACCUUCAAGACAAGAGUCAAGCUUACAGGAGUCAGGAGUGGGAGAAACCAAACAAGAGGUGCAAAGCCCAGAAGAGCCUCCUCUGCCGACAGCAAAUUCCCAGAAUUUUAUAGGUAGUGGAGGUGGGUCCAUCAUAGAGAACACAAUACAUUUUUAACAAACAAAAAUGAUAAAAUCCACCACAGUUCCCCAGAGAAACCAGCUCACCUGCUUUCUUCUUUGGGAAAGACACCAAAGACACAUCUGAGAUGUAGCCACCACACCUUAUUGUUAGUACAAGCAAAGACCCUCACCUCCAAAGGACACACAGAAGGACAGACUAUCAGAAGGCUACGUCUAGGGACCCAUUGUGUUUGUUUUAAAGAAAUCGGGAUCAGGACAUCUUGAAAGGACAAGUGAAAAUUUUCUCCAGCUGGGUUUUAGUAAAACUGUGCCUACUGCCUUGCCAUUGUCAAUCUUGCCUGCUAGAAUGCAGCUCAGCUGGCUAUAGGCAUUUAGGCAAUUUCAUUUUACUCUGCUUUUACACUGAUGUAUAAUACCCCUCUUCCCCAUUGUGUAUAAUAGUCCCUCUGUAUCCUACAUGUGAGAUCUCUGACCAUGUUAGACCAAGGAAAGGACUCAGCUUUACUAAAACGGGACUUCCAGUUUGACUUGGGGAAAGGGGUCCUUUAAAAAUAAAACAAAUAAAUAUAUAAAUAUUCUGAAUGCUUUGUACAGCCAACAGUCUGAACAUGUAAAGUAUUUAAUAUGACAGACGGUGCUCCCUGCUAUUUAUAUAAGAUGUUCCAACCCCUGCUUCCCAUUGCUGCCAGUGUGAGCAGUAGUGAAUGCUGGACAAUAUUCUUCAUAGACAUCAGUGCAUUAGAUCGAGUUACUAGUGGCCUGUUGGUUUGUUCCCAUAGAUAUGUUGUCACCCCCAGGCUGCCUAUUUUGGUGGAGAGAGAGGACAGUUUGCCACCCAAGUGAGAAUGUUGUGAGAGCUCAGUGAGAUGUAUCAAUGAGUGAUUAUGUUCCUAGUAGUUAUAUGGUUAAUGAAGUGUCUUUGCUAUAAUGUCCCAUAUGACAUGCAUGGCUAAACAUUCACAUCACAGCCUAUGUUGUGUUUUGCCGUAUUAAUUUCUCUCUCACACACACGUGUCAAGAUGGGGAAACUGUCCCUAAGAAGUGGGUAUGUUUGGGUGUAGCCAAAGGAAAAAUGAGUAUUAGAGAGGCACACAUAGACAGGUGGCUGGGUGCAGCAUGGGGAAAUGCGUACGGGCAGCCAUAUUUUUGGGGUUUUGUGUCAUGCACAGAGGUAAUAGUCAACUGAAUAUUUUGGAGCAGCUAGGCUUUGGGGUGGGUGGAGGGUUAUAGGGUAGAUGAGCCAGAGCAAGCGUUUCAAUCCUGGUCCAUCUUGAAGGCGUAUAUGGUACAGGACAUAUCUCCUUUAUCUGAAAGAGAAGCUUUAAGGGUUGAGAGGGGAGCAGAAGAGAUCUUUAAAGAUACUCUUCAGUGGCCUUCUCAAUGUUGACCCAAGUGCCUCCAAUUUUGAUAAUAUGUGCCCAUUCCUCUCUCACCCACUUUGAGGAUGUUUUAAAUGAACUCACUGAUGUGAAAAUGUGGCAUGUGGAUGGAUCAGAGAAAUAAUGCACGGCCACACUGGAGACAAUGGGGUACAUCGGGGCCAUAGAUUCCAAGACCAUAAGGGACCACUGUGAUCAUCUAGUCUGACCUCCUGCAUAACACCAUUCCUAGAACUUCCCCAAAAUAGUUCCUAGAGCACGUCUUUUAGAAAAACAUCCAAUCUUGAGUUAAAGUUAAUUUAGCCCCCUGUGUGUAACAGUUAUCAGCCUAUGUGAAUCGAUUAUAAUCUUCUUUCAAAAUACUAUAAAAUGCUCUAGAUUACUGCAGCAGAGUAGAUUGGCCUUAGACUUAUCUUGAGCAGAGACAAACAAAGGUUUGUGGAAAUGCCUUGGUUAAAACCUCAUUAUUCUUUUGUUACUAUUGUUGUUGUUAGGUUGUCAUUUUUUGUUUUUGUUUUUGGGGUUUUUUUUGGCCAGGGCAAGAAAAAUAAACUUUCC